CGUGUCACAUGACCGCGCUGUCGCCGUAGUCCACUGUGUAUUAGAGUGUGACGUCAUGGCGCAGAGCAGUCAGUGAUGGCGGGUGAAGAUCCCGGAUGACGCAGACAGUCCAUGGUGUAUGGCGCGUCCUCAUUUCCUCAUGGCUGCAGAAGGCCGGUGAAAGUCCUGACAAUUUCUGAAAACUUGUGCCAGUAGAAAGUGAAAAUGUCUGGGUUCAGUCCGGAGCUUAUUGAUUACCUGGAAGGGAAAAUAUCUUUCGAGGAAUUUGAGCUACGCCGCGAAGAAAGACAAGCACGUGAGAAAAAGGAUACGGCAAAUGUGGGAUUUUCAGAAAAAUCAGUAUGUGACACAGAUGAUCCUGAGGUCCCAUCCACCUCUGCAAAAUUCCUCUCAACGCCUAACAUAUACAAUGAGGAUAAAGAGGAUGAAACAUCCGAUGGUGUCAGCAAGUCGGUUCAAAAAGUAUUUGCAUCAAUGAUCGGGGAGGAUGAUAGAGAUGAUGGAGAGGAUGAAGACGAGGAGGACGACGGAGAAGAAAUCUCUGAACAACCAUCAGCUGGUGAUGUCUUUGCCCUGGAAAUGGAAAUUAACAGAGAAAACAGAAAGAUGAUGAAGGCUAAAAGACCUCGUAGUAAGCUCCCUAGGGCUCUCAGGGGCCUCAUGGGAGAGGCCAACAUCCGCUUUGCCCGAGGAGAGGCAGAAGAAGCCAUCCUAAUGUGCAUGGAAAUCAUUAGACAAGCUCCACUGGCUUACGAACCAUUCUCUACCCUUGCCAUGAUCUAUGAGGACCAAGGAGACAUGGAGAAAUCUCUGCAGUUUGAGCUGAUAGCUGCUCAUUUGAACCCCAGCGACACAGAAGAAUGGGUCAGGCUGGCAGAGAUGUCUUUGGAGCAAGACAACAUCAAACAAGCCAUCUUUUGCUAUUCCAAAGCUCUGAAGUAUAAUCCUACCAAUGUGCGCUAUUUGUGGGAAAGAUCCAGCCUGUAUGAACAGGUUGGGGAACAUAAACUGGCCAUGGAUGGAUAUCGGAGGAUCUUGAAUCUGUUGUCUCCCGCUGAUGGGGACCGUUUCAUGCAGCUAGCAAGAGAUAUGGCUAAGAUUUACUAUGAAACCAAUGACGUUUCCUCUGCCAUUGUUAUUAUUGAAGAAGCAUUUUCCAAGCAUCAGAGUCUCGUGGCAAUAGAAGAUGUUAAUAUUGCUGCUGAGCUGUACAUCUCCAACAACCAGUAUGAGAAGGCACUUGAGGUGAUUACACAAUUUUCUGGAAUUACAUUAAAUAAAAAUGAAGACAGCACUCCUGAGGACAGUGCAGAAGUUAUGUGUCAUGUGCCUGAAGGAGUUCCUAUAGAUAUUACAGUGAAAAUGAUGCUGUGUCUUAUCCAUCUAAAUAUUCUGGAACCUGUCAGUCCCAUGCUGACCUCUUUAAUGGAGCAAAACCCGGAGGAAAUGGGAGACUUGUAUCUAGACGUUGCGGAAGCGUUUCUGGACAUUGGAGAAUAUAAUUCAGCUUUGCCUCUGCUGAGUGCGAUAGUGUGCUCUGAAAAAUACAACUUAGCGGUUGUCUGGCUCCGACAUGCAGACUGUUUGAAAGCCCUGGGACACAUGGAGCAAGCUGCAGACAGUUACUGUAAGGUGGUGGACAUGGCUCCUUUACACUUAGAUGCAAGGAUCUCCCUAUCUACACUUCAGCAACAACUUGGCAACCCAGAAAAAGCCUUGGAGGCAUUAGAACCAAUGUAUGAUCCCGAUACCUUGGCACAGGAUGCGAACGCUGCCCAACAGGAACUGAAACUAUUGCUCCACCGCUCAACCCUCCUUUACUCUCAAGGGAAAAUGUUUGACUAUGUGGACACUUUACUUACAAUGCUGGCCAUGUUACUGAAGAUUGCCAUGAAUCGAGCACAGGUCUGUUUGAUUUCCAGUUCAAAAUCUGGAGAAAGACAUUUAUAUCUGAUUAAAGUUUCUAGAGACAAAAUCUCUGAUACAGAUGAGCAAGAAACUGCAAAUUCAGAUGCAAAAGCAAUAUUUGCCAUACUCACCAGCGUACUAUCCAAAGACGAUUGGUGGAACCUUCUUUUAAAGGCAAUUUAUGCUUUAUGUGACCUUGGCCGCUAUAAGGAAGGAGAGCUGCUGGUGGACUCUUCUCUGGAGUAUUAUUCAUUUUAUGACGACCGCCAGAAACGGAAGGAGUUGGAGUAUUUUGGACUUUCCACAGCAAUUUUAGAUAGGAAUUUCAGAAAAGCAUAUAAUUACAUAAGAAUAAUGUUGAUGGAAAAUGUGAACAAGCCUCAACUGUGGAAUAUCUUCAAUCAAGUUACAAUGCAUUCUCAAGAUGUGAGGCAUCACCGCUUCUGCCUGAGAUUGAUGUUAAAAAAUCCGGACAACCUUGCGCUGUGCGUCCUUAGUGGUCACAAUGCCUUUGUGUCUGGGAGCUUCAAACACGCGCUUGCUCAAUAUGUCCAAGCCUAUCGAAUGAAGUCUGAUGAUCCUAUGUACUGUCUUUGCAUUGGAUUAACAUUUGUCCACAUGGCCUCACAGAAGUUUGUGUUGAAAAGACAUGCUUUGCUAGUACAGGGGUUUUCAUUUUUGAAUAAAUACAUCGAUUUACGUGGCCCUUGUCAGGAGACUUACUACAACCUGGGCCGUGCAUUGCACCAGAUGGGUCUAGCACAUCUUGCAAUACAUUAUUAUCAACAGGCCCUUGAGCUGCCACCACUUAAGUUAACGGGAAUCGAUGAGGACCAAGUUGACCUUCGGAGAGAUAUUGCUUUCAAUUUAUCUCUUAUUUACCAGGGCAGUGGUAACACAGAAAUGGCACGGAGGCUCUUGUACACUUAUUGUGCUAUUUAAAGCAUUUUUAAUAGUUUCAUCUGUACAGUAGUAAAUUAAAUGUAUCUACAACCACAA